AUGAAGGGCGCAUCGUCUAUGUCUGCCUCCGCCAAGCGGAUUCAGAAGGAACUUGCCGAAAUCAGCAUCGACCCACCCGCGAACUGCUCCGCGGGGCCCAAGAACGACAAUAUUCUUGAAUGGGCUGCAACCAUCAUCGGCCCUGCAGGUUCGCCGUAUGCUGGUGGAACGUUCUUUCUGGACAUCGUCUUCCCACCAGACUACCCUUUCAAACCGCCUAAAGUGUCGUUCAGGACGCGCAUUUAUCACUGCAACGUGAGCACAUCUGGGCAAAUAUGUCUCGACAUUCUGAAAGAUCAGUGGUCGCCGGCGCUCACGAUCAGCAAGGUCCUCCUGUCGAUAUGUUCGCUCCUCACUGACCCCAACCCGCAUGACCCUCUGGUACCAUCCAUUGCUCAAGAGUUCAUGGCGGACCGCAAAGCCCACGACAAGAAGGCCAAGGAGUGGGCAGAGCGGUAUGCGAAGUGA